AUGUCUAGUUGGCAGUACGGUGUGGUCAUAGCCUUGGUAGCUUGUGCAGUGGAGCAGGCAAUAGCUGUGCACGGUCAGUUUGAACGGGUCGAGCAGGUGUCGGGCUUCGACUACCUCCAGUAUGAUCUUCGCGUGCGCAAGUACAAUCGCACAACGGCUACUCUCAACGGUACAAUACACAUAAAACAACCAAUAGACGAUACGUUCAGGUUUUCCACCGACGUCUUUCACAGUAGCCUCGGUAAUCAGCAGUUCCAGCAUAUGCCGCUUCAUUUGCCCGAGUCCGGUUUCUGCCAGUUUAUGGACCUGCUGCAUAGAGAGUACCCGAAUGCAGUGAAGGAUGUUGUGCACAUAACGGAACCCGAACAAUGCCCCAUUCCUGUAUGCUCGAUGCAUUUUCUGGAUAUGGAGUUUCCCACCGAAGUCUUGCCGCAACCGAUCACAAGAGGACUGUGGAAAUUAAUUCUCAAGGGAGUGCACAGUGGCGAAACAAUGUUCCAAGCCGUUAUCGUUGUCCGUGUAUACGAUGAUCUCUAUUACUAGUAACAUGUCAGUUGGAGCGAUUUCGUGCAAAAUGGCUGUAGUAUUUACGUUGGAAAAUAUCACGA